AUGUUGCGGCCUCAGGGAUUUAAAAAUGCAUCCUCUGUUCGCACGCUCCAUCGUUUGCGGCUAUUGAUCUCCUUGCCUUUAGAGAAGAUGGUAUCUCUAUUGAUGCACUUCAUCGCGUCGAUCCACUGGACAGUGCCGUCUGCGGGUGAUGAUUGCGUGAUUCAGAGGGACCAUUGUAAAGAGCUGCUUGUCUUUUGGUGCUUUGGGUUUACAAGAUCCACAGCUAUGAUUGCUAAGUAUUAUUCGAUGGGUUUGGACAAUUGUUUAUGGUGCAUCUUUUAUAGGUGA